AUGUGCCGCCUCACUCUUCAUGGCAAGGACAACCAUCAACCCUCCUCCAUAGUCCCCGUACGUGACUGCACUCGUACGACGGCCGUGACGGGACCCUUCAACGCUCAGAUCACAUUCCCUUCAAUCCUCGACAUGCCGGGGCGUCGCCGCGUCGCCCCCAACUGUACGGUUGCCCCCUGCACCUGUCGCUCAAGCCGUUCCGGAUUGACAACAGGGAUCCUGGGACAUGGAUCAAGACUGCUGUGUGCGGAGUACAGAGUCACGGAGUCUCCCAGGUUGUCUCUUGUCUCCUCGCCUCUGCCCCCCCCCCCCCUCCCUGCUUACCUCACCGCGAUGCGCCUCCACGUUCCCGUUGGUCCACUGAUGACUGGACACCUGCAACAUGCACCGUACCGCACCGCACCGCACCGCACUGCUCUGCACCACUUGCUCACGCGCUGGCAGCCCGGACCUCAUGCCGAGCGACAUCUCCGGUACACCUGUCUCAAGGUUCUUUCCCUCACACCUCACUGCACCGCACGAUACGCAACAUGUGUUCGUACCUGCACCAACAUCGGCAAGGUGACAACUCCUAGACACAGAGACAGCAGAAGAGACAGCGGGAGAUGGACACAGAGAGGGGCCAGCGGAAGAGCCGCGGCCAACUUCUCCGCCUCUGUUCGCCGUCCCAGAGGAAGCUCCGAGCUCGACAUUUGA